CAGUGUAAAUGGGGGCCUGCAGUCCACACGGAAGCCAAAAAUCCAAUAAGCCAUCAGUGUGUUUGUGUUGGCGGUUUGGGUUCUAAGCCUUGCGUGUUCCACGAAGUCUUCGGUUUACCAGUUCAGUUCGCAAUAGCCGCCCGUGCUCUCAAGUCGCCGCCGAAAGAUGGCCAAAUUCAGUCCGCAACAGCUGUCGAAUCCCCGGGCGAAUGUCUUCAUUCUGGUUAAUCUCGGAUGCGAGAUGCUCUACGUAAUCGAUCAGCGGCUAAAGGCUCAGCAGAUUGCUGAGGAUAAAUCCAUUCAAGUCAUCCACGAUGUGACCACCGUGCUACUGGAGCCCAAGUUUAUAGACUCCCUGCUGAACGGAUCGAAGCACAACAAUGCUCAACUCCUGACCGCCGACCACUGCAAAUUCAUGCUGAACGACAUCGCCACCUGCUCCCUGAUGCGGCUAGAUGAGCAGUCAAUGUCCAAGCUGUGGAACCUAAUGACCAUGGUGUACAAGUGGCAGUUGUUUGUGUCUCGCCAUCAACAUCACUUGCUGGAGAUUACUUUUCGCCACUUGGAUGCGAUCAACCGAAUGUAUCCCGAUGCCAAGCGACACAUGCUGAUUGACUUUUCGAAAAACACGCUACUGGAUUUUUGGAACGCCUGCGGGGAGGAGGGUCAGCUGUCCAUCUAUCAGACAAAUCGAUCCUGGCUGCAGUGCUUCGACACCAAGAUAUCGCUGCUGAUUCGCCUGGGUUUCCAGGCUAUGGACGGCAGUUUCUUUAAGGAGGUGGAUCAGGACUACUUCACGGACUUUGUCCAGUCGGCGGGCGAUAAUAUCUAUGUGAAGAGCGCGGAGCAGCGGGAACAACUGCAACGGGAGCCGAACAGCAUGGAUCAACUGGCCGCCCAGCUUAACAUCAAUCCUCCGCAAGGCGAGGAUCUGCAGCCCAUCAACGCCCGCCAGUUCCAGCAGCAGUUCGAGCAGACUUUCGGAAAUGUGCUUUUCAAUGACCCUGCACCCAGCUCCUCGGGCUGCGAGUUCGUCCAGCUUCAGCCCAUAACGCCAUCAUCGACGACGUCCCGCGGAGGAUCCUUGCUGAACCAAAACCUUUUGGACUUGUACAGCAAAAUGCCUUAGAGCCA